GCUCCAGAAAGUGAAAGGAAAGCAUCGCCCCGGCCACAAGCGGUUCUGACCGGCCUGUACAGGUAUUUCGGUAUGGCGAGGCCUCGUCGGACCAGCUCCCUCGUUACUGCCCUACUUGUGGCCGCACUGGCGGGAGCUGCCUUCGUGCCUGCCUUCCGCGCUGAAAGCAGCACGAAGGUGGCGCUACGCGCAGAAGGCAAGAAGAGGCUUACCCUCCAGGAAGUCCGCGAGAAGGAAAUGAUGAAGGAGGCGGCGCAGGUCAAGGAGAUGCAAGAGAGUGCUGAGAGGAACAAGUACCAGCCGGGCACAUAUGUGCCAGACGACAAGAAAGAGGUCUACGAAGACAACCCUGUGAUCUUCUUGGCGCCGUUGGCUGCCUGGAGUCUCGUUGCUGGGGGGCUGUAUUUCUACGCGAACUUCAUGAACACGCCAAAGGACAACUUCUCGUUGCUUCCUCCAGAGUUGAGAGGAUGAGACAUGCGUCAUGACUUGAGUUCUUUUCAGCAAGCCACUGUCGGACUCAUGUUGGACCAGAAGCGAGCCUCUUGCACUCAGCUGAGCCGUAAUUUGGGCGUAGGCCCGCGAAAAAAUAGCAACAGUGCCAACUGUUUUCCGUCGCGUUCUCAGCCUUGAUGUGAAGCGCUA